CCGCACCCAUCAUGUGAAGCCUUCCCGAGCCAACAUCAUGUCUUCACCAGCCAUCGGAAAACAAAAGAAGUCAGCCGUGAAGCCUCGCCAAAAGAUGCAUCUUGAAGGAGAAAUUCAACCUGUGAAUGGCAUCAUAGAGCUACCCAAUAUGACACGACAGAUCAUUACCUGUUCAAUGGAAUCUAGCUCACUUCGAGUCUGGGACUUGGAGAGCGGCAUGCGUGUCGGGGAGUGGAAGGAUGAAGGAAGUAAUAAAGGAGUAUUUUCCAUGGCAUUGUCGCCAGACGGCAAGACAGUCGCAUGCGGGUGUGAGGAUGGCAUAGUGAGAUUCUGCUGAUCAUCUCUACGCAGUGAUAUCUAUCUCCUGGAGUCCAAACGGAGGGAGAGUGGUGUGCGGAAACAUGGAUGGCAUGUUCAGAGUGUGGAAUGUAAAGAGCGGAAAGAUCAUCCUUGGACCAAUCGAGAUUGGGGAGUAUGUGUAUGGUGUUCGCUACUCAACUGAUGGCAAGAUGAUUUCCACCGGAGGAAACAUGCUGAGAGUUUGGGAUGCCAACACAGGUGAACAGCUCAAAACACUCGAGUUCGGUAUCGUUGCAGACAUGGCAUGGACCUCGGAUGGAAGCACGCUUAUAACCGGGAGCAGGAGGUUCGAGACUGCAACUUGGACUGAAAUCAAUGGCGAAUGGCUUGCCGGUUCCUCAAUGGAUACUAUGUUAUCUCCAAAUGAGCGCAUCCUUGCAAGCGUACCGACAGCUGACAAGCACACAGUACAACUAUGGAACCUCGAAAACCAUCAAUGCAUAGGGCCACCCCUACAUCAUCAAGAUGAAGACGAGGUGUCCAGCGCCGUGUUUGCUGCAGAUGGUAACUUAUUCGUGACUGGCUGCGACUCCGGCCGCGUAUACGCAUGGGAUGUCUCUGCUAUCGUGAUCGAAGCUGGGCUCGAUGGCCUUCUAACUGCAGCGAAGGCUGUCAACAAGCCAUUCGUAGAUGUCAAUGUUACACAACGACGUGCACCCAAGAUUGAAGGUGUUCGUCGAAUACCACCAGGGUUUUUUGACGACCAUGUUAAUUCGUCAACAUCACGCGGUCACCGUACUGCAGCACCACUGCAGCCCAGUCGCUCAUCCUCCCACAAUAUUCUCAGCCUGGCUCAAAAUUUCAUCUCUAGUAUGUUACGCAGACGAGAUGGAUCGGCUAUACGGUUGCCACCAGUAGUCGAGGUCCCGCUAACAGCGGGCAAGCCGGUACAUUUGUUUCUCUAUAAGUUCUUUAACACUAACACAUUUUGACAGAGGAAUUAUCAUGCCAGAAAGAAGCCCUCUACCAGCUCCUCUCAGCCUCCCAA